CACUUCCUGGUCUAGUGCGUUGCACUUCCUAUCUCUUCAGCCAGAGCAGUCACGUGGCAUCGUGACGUCAGGGAUGACAUCGGAAGGUCCACUACACGGAUAGGGACUGGAGAAUUCGGAGAACUCCCGCGCUUACAGCGAUCAAGAGUACAGCGAAAAGUACACUCUGGGGAAUGGAUUAUCUGCUAAAUAGUUCUGUUUGGGGACAUUUGGUGAUCUAAAGGAUCCUGCCACAUUUUUUUUGUAUUGACCUAAAGGUGAACAGCUUAUGUAUAAAAUGCCAGGAGUCACUCACUGUGAAAGCCAAACAGUCCUAUCCAAAAGCAGCCCUCCAAGAAGGAACCGCUUGUCUUUGCGCUUUUUUCAGAAGAAAGAAACCAAAAGGGCACUGGAAUUUACUGAGACAUCAGCAACAACAGAGAGUCAAAAUGAUGAGGAGAAGGAAUCUGAGAUCAGCAGUGAUCAAGUCGUUCCAACUCCUCAGUUAUCACCGCCAUCCUGCUGUGUGAAAAAAGAAAGUCUCAUUCCAUUUGUUGGUUUGAAUAAUCUUGGUAAUACCUGCUACCUCAACAGCAUACUUCAGGUAUUGUGCUAUUGUCCUGGAUUUAAAAAUGGAAUCAAGCUUCUGUCUGAGAUUAUUUCUAAGAAGGUGGAAAAUUUAAGUAAAGAAAGAGAGCAGACACAGGACAAGGAUACUGUAAAGCAUGAGUUACCUGCAAGUUAUGAAGUUGUUUGCAGUUUGAGUUCUUUGAUUCAUUCUAUGGAACACCUACAAAUAACUUUUCUAUCAAACCCAGAAAAUUAUGAUUCUGAACUUGCUGCCCAACCAAGGAGACUUCUUAACACGCUGAGGGAGGUAAAUCCUAUGUAUGAAGGCUAUCUACAGCAUGAUGCACAAGAAGUUUUGCAGUGUAUUUUGGGAAAUAUUCAAGAGGCUUGUCAGGUUAUGAAAAAGGAAAUGCUGAUAAACUCACAGGCGAAUGAUUCCAUUAAGAAUGAGCAGGACACUGCUAAGUUGGAAACUGAGAGCAAAGGAUUAAAUGGUGGUGACAUAGAGACUGUAAAUGGCAGCUCUGCUGAAAUAACUGAAUUGGAGACAAAUGAAAAUGGCAAAAGGAAAAGUGAUAACGAGGCUGGAAAUGUAAAGAAAAGGACCAAAUUAACAAAAGAACCAUCAGCAGAAGAACAGAGAUUAACCAGAUCUAAAAGGAAGUCACUUCCAGAAAAACAGGAUAAAAGAACUGAUGCCCCCCUUAAGAGUGACAGUGGAAAUUCAAAUAAUUCACAGAAAAAAUCAAAGCUAGGGUUAAACUGGCUGAAAUCUGGUAAACAACCUAGCAUAUUAUCUAAGUUUUGUAGCUUGAGUAAACAGUCAGACUCUUCAUCCAAAUGCUCUGAAACACAAAGCAUAAAAUCCACUGAAAAAAUAUCUGAAAGAAAAAAAUCCAAAGAAAAUGGCCUCGGCAUCUUGGAAAACACCAAAAAGGGAGAAGAUACAGAAACUCUUUCAGGAAAUGUAGAAUCAAGUGGUUUUGAAUUGGUGGAAAAAAUGUUUCAAGGGAAGCUGGUGUUGCGAACCCGCUGUCUGGAAUGUGAGUCUUUCACAGAGAGGAGAGAAGAUUUUCAGGAUAUCAGUGUGCCUGUUCUAGAAAGUGAACCACCAAAACUGGAGGACUCCUCUGACAUUUCUCCUGACCCAAGGCUUGAAACAAAGACUUUAAGAUGGGCUAUAUCCCAGUUUGCAUCAGUAGAGAGAAUUGUUGGAGAGGACAAAUAUUUCUGCGAAAACUGCCAUCAUUACACCGAAGCAGAAAGAAGCCUUCUUUUUGACAAAAUCCCAGACAUUGUGACAAUUCAUCUGAAAUGCUUUUCUGCAAAUAGCUCUGAAUUUGAUUGCUUUGGUGGUCUUUCCAAAGUAAACACAGCAUUGUUGACUCCGCUGAAUUUGUCUCUUGAGGAAUGGAGUACAAAUCAAACCAAGGACCUUUAUGGGCUAUUUGCAGUGGUAAUGCACAGCGGAGUUACUAUAAGCAGUGGACACUAUACCGCUUAUGUACGAAUUCCAGAGAUAAGUGAUCUUGAAAGAGACCAUAUGAAAGCCCUUGUUGACCACAAGGAUGUUCUACAAGCUGAGCCAUUAAAUGAGGAAGAGGCACGCAUGAGUGAUGCUAAUUAUGAUGAUGGAGAAGUAUCAUUUAGAGUGAAUGGCUGUGUACCAUCAGCUUCCAAAGUGAGCAAAAAGCAAACUGAUACAGUAAGCCUUUUAGGAGGACAGAAAAGUAAACCUGACUUUCAGCAGUUACCAAACAAAACUGCUAAAUCGGAAACUGUUUUAAACUCCUUUGGGGAUAAAAGUUACAGUGCAAGCUUUAGUGUAGACCUUCAGUGUGACAAGUCAGACAAGAGGGACUGCAAAUCUGCCAAUUCAACAUUUUCUUUUUUAGAAAGCCUGAAAGAAUAUUUAGGAAAAUGGCUUCUUUUUGAUGAUUCAGAAGUAAAAGUCACAGAAGAAAAAGACUUCAUGACUGCUAUUUCCCCAAACACACUUUCAACGUCCACUCCUUAUUUGCUCUUCUACAAGAAAUUAAUUUAAAAUUUGCAGUUUUCUAAGCAAAAUGUAUAAUAUGUAUGUAACUCUUUGGAGAUUGGAUCUACGAAUGAGACUGUGUGUACAUAUGUAUAUGUAAAUAUUGUUUAUCAUAUUACAGAGCUAACACUACACUUGAGUCUUUAUCUAUAUGUAAACAUUACAGGUAAUAUCCAGUUGUCAGUCAUGUCUGCUAUCAUAUGCUCAAAUAGCUUUUUUGUGUGUGUGUGUAAUAUUCUCAUUCAUCUGUUGUCCUUUAUCCUCCAUUCACAAAGCAGUACUGAAAAUCAUGUUUGAGUGUUCUGGCACUAAGUAGAAUCGCCUGAAAUUGUUUUAACAAUACCACAUUACUACAUUGCCCACGCCUUCCCAUAAACAAUGCAUACAUUCUUUUUAGUUGUUAAGUUCUUUACAUCUCUUGACAACACUCCCUUCACCUUUUAAGCACCCGCAUAAAAAGUCAGCUGCUUUCAAAUCGAAUUGGGUUUGAUUAGAGUUAACUGCAAAACUGCAGGUGUUUCUGGAAGUGUGCCGAAAUGUUAAGAUGGAUGAAGUUUUGUAUUUAUUGUGAAAUUGUUAGUGUGCAUUGGAUUACAAAACAUACAGUACUUUGUCGUUUACAUUUGUUCAUAAUAGAUCAGUAUAAAUCAUUUUAAUAUUUUCUGAUUUUUUUUUUUCUUAUUGUAAAAUUAAUUUUAAUUAAAAAAUGUCCUAGUUUU